UAUAGAAAACAUUUUGCCAUUAAUACAUGAAAGUUCAUAUGAUAGAAUUGAAAAUAAAUACGGUGAAAUUGAAAAUAAUAGUGAUUUAGGAUUUGAAAAGAAGAUAAAAGGCAAACUUGGCAUUGAACUUGAAAAGGAUACUAAAGAUGAACCUGAUACUGAACGUGAAAAGGAUACUGAAGAUGGACCUGGUAUUGAAUUUGAAGAGGACAUUGACAUUGUUAGUGAAUCUGAACCUAGUACUAAGCGUGAAAAGGAUACUAAAGAUAGACCUGAUAUUGAAUUUGAAGAGGACAUUGCCGUUGUUAAAUGUCAAGAGACAUUAGAACGUUACACAUGUCAAAAUAACUUUGCGAUCAAAAAAAAGCGGGUAGAUAAUAGCCUUGAUCCACGCCAGCGUACUUGGGAUUGUAAACAAUCUGGUAAAUAUGUCUUAUGUAAAACUGCUCCACCUGAAAAGCAAAGAAAUAAGGGUUCAAAAAGAAUUGGUUGUCCUUUUUUGGUGAAUGUAUGCAAGAGUAAGGGCUCUGAUAAUGAAACUAUAAUUAAGUUGACAUCAAUGAAGCUUGAACACAACCAUAUGUUGGUUCCUGAAAACGCUAGCUUUGCUACUAGCUAUCGGAAACUUAUCACAGAAAUGAAGAAGCUUAUUGAAAACUAUGUCCUUUGUGACAUUGAUGUCCCAUCUCAGGUUCGGGUACUCUAUGGGUUAUUUCCUAAAGCCACAAUUGUGGAUUAUGAUGUGAAAAACUAUGUGUAUAAGUUUCGUC